AUGGCAACCAUUAUGUACAGCAUGGGUAGAGACAGGUUUGGUGUUCAGGAGAAGAAAGAGCCACGGACAAAACCAGUAGACAACAGACGCCAGAACAAGAUUGCCCAACUAAGAGGGGACAUACGGCGCCUUACCACUCAGUUCAAGGAAGCUUCACCAGAAGAGAGACCAGCAUUGGCCGAGAUAAGAAAGCACCUGCGAGAGCAGAUCGCUACACUAAGAAGAGCCGAAAACAACAGGAAAAACAGGAAGGAGAGGGCAAGGAAACGGGCCAACUUCAUAGCAAACCCCUUCCAGUUGAUGAAGAAGCUCCUUCGAGACAAACGAUCAAGAAGUCUGGAAUGUCCAAGACAGGAAGUUAAGGACCAUCUAAGGAACAUUCACUCUGACGAGAACAGAGACCAAGACCUUGGAGACCCCGACACUCUUUUGUCUCCAGAACCACCCACAACUGCUUUCGGCGACUCUGAGCCAAAACUGCAGGAGAUCAAGGACGUCAUCAGGAAGGCGAGAUCAGCAUCAGCACCUGGUCCAAAUGGAAUCCAAUACAGAGUCUACAAGAAUUGUCCGAAACUGUUGCAGAGACUGUGGAAGCUUCUUAAGGUGGUAUGGAGGAAAGGACAGCUACCAGACAACUGGCUCCUGUCAGAAGGAUGCUUCAUACCGAAGGAAGAAGGCUCAAUGACUCUUAAACAGUUCCGCACAAUUUCUCUUCCUAAUGUUGAGGGGAAAGUGUUAUUGUCAGUUCUAGCAAAGCUGCUCACAACAUUCAUGCUGGCUAACAACUACAUGGACACUUCAGUGCAAAAGGGAGGAGUACCAGGGGUCUCAGGAUGCCUUGAACACACAAGUGUGCUAACACAGCUCACCAAGGAAGCCAAGGCGACAAAAGGAGAUCUGACGGUCUUGUGGUUGGACAUAGCCAAUGCGUAUGGAACGGUCCCUCACAAGCUUGUAGACCUAACAUUGAAGAAGUACCAUGUUCCCGAGAAGUUUCGGAACCUGUUAUGGCACUGCUUUGAUAACUUCAAGAUGCGCUUCACAGUGGCAGACUAUACAACGUCCUGGCGACGCCUUGAGGUAGGGAUAGUGACCGGUUGUACUAUCUCUGUUAUUCUUUUCUCUGUAGCAAUGAAUCUCUUAGUGAAGACAGCUGGGAAGAUGAGUCGAGGUCCAAUCACAAUCUCAGGGAUUCGCCAGCCGCCAACAAGGGCCUUCAUGCAUGACAUGACGAUUACAGCGAAGUCAGUUCCAGAGGGAAGAUGGAUGUUGGAAGACCUAGGACGGCUGAUCUCAUGGUCAAGGAUGAAGUUCAAGCCGGCAAAAUCUAGAAGCCUUGUCUUGAAGAAAGGAAAGGUCCAGGACCGUUUCCGCUUCAGGGUCAACGGAGAGCUAAUCCCAACGGUGACCGAACAGCCAGUGAAGAGCCUAGGCAAGUGGUUCCGGAGGUCACUCAGUGACAAGGAGAGUGUGAGAGAGAUGCGACAGCAGUGCGAAGACUGGAUGUAG